AGCGGACGCACGUUUACGUGGUCCCAUAUCCUUCACCGAUUUUAUCGCUCUGCUGCAGUAUCCUUUGCUCCCAACAUGUCGAAACGACGUGGCAGGUGUAACAGGAGAUCCCGCCGUCGUGCGAAGAUGACUUUCCCCGUUGAGCCCGGUCAGGAGGAGCUGACAGGACUCCCGUCCUUGCGGAUGUGGGCGGCCAUGGCCGGUGUGUUUCUGUUCGGUGUAGCACUGGUCAUUGGAUUGUCGGUAACGGAGUCUACCCAUGUCGAAGCCCAGACUGCUGUUGACGUCCGUCUGGACGGAAGUUGGGCCCACUACCAAGGAGAAUUCGCAGAUCCUACUGCUGUGGACGAGGCUCCCCUUGACGACCAAACGCCCAUCCAAUCAGAUGGGGACGACAGCGACUGGUAUCUAACGACCCUGGACCAGAAAUACCAAGUGCCUGUCCGGGAUCGUGUUCCGGGAAGGUCCCGUGAUGUGGACGUGCCUGGUGACGGUGGGGUUAAAUGGUCCAGUAAUGAGCUGAUGUCGACCCACUACGCGCACACUCCCCAACAUGUUAUUGGAUUGUCGGCAGCGCCCACCCAUGUCGACACCCAGGCUACCGUUGACGUCCGUCUGGACGGAAGUUGGGCCCACUACCAAGGGCAGUUCGCAGAUCCUACUGCUGUGGACAACGCUCCCGUUGAUGAUGAAGCACACACCAUCCAAUCAGAUGGGAACGACAGCGACUGGUACCUAACGACCCUGGACGAGCUCUACCGAGUGCCUGUCCGAGCCCGUGUUCCAGGAAGGUCCCGUGAGGUCGGAGAUGGAGUCCCGGACAUGGAUGACAACCAGGAUGCACCUGGCGUGUCUGCGGCCCUCCCGGAUGGUGAUCUGGAUGGAGAUGACGACUGGGAGAAGAAGUACAGCGAUGAGCAUCUCAACAGCGGCGACGAAAAACGUCCCACCUCUGCCAUGACGUCCGGGUACAACAGCUCUACCGGCAUGUCUGCACGAGACGACUCCUCUCUCCUGGAUGGAAAUGACGUCGACCCUGUUCGUGAUGAAGAAGAGGGCACCUCUGUGGUGGACGCGAUGACUCUUGAGAACACUAACUCCACGGUCUUGGCAAAGAAUCCCCAGAACCACGACAAGAACCACCACGUCCGAAAGAAUCCGGUCAAGAAUGCCGACAAAAUGACAGUGAUCGUGAUGGUCGGUACGGUGGUGACAUUCUCUGUGGUACACAGGCAUCAGUGUAUGACACAGAUGCCCCGUUGGGUUUAAUAGAACUUCACGACUAGUUCGUGUGCAGUUCCUCCAGGCAUAC